CAACCUGUCGCUGGGAGCCCUAUCAACUACGUCAGCCUGCGCCUGCCUGCCUGCCACGUCGCGAAACAGUGAAGAUAGACAAGCUCCUACCUCAUGCUUCAGCUGUGCGACACCCUCAGACAUGCGCCCAGCGCGUCAAGCGAUACACGUGCUAUUUUCGCGCGCGUUAUUAGAUGCCAACUGCCGAUUAUCGGUACGACGCCUUUAAUUGCAAACGUGCCGGGCAAAGGGUGGGUAGAGACCUCGGUUUACGGGUUGAUUGUUUCCACCAAGCUCCCUGAUUCUGAAAAGCAAGCCACCCCGCCCAACUUCGUCACUGAAAACAGCUGCGUCCGACCAUGUCUUCGACCGUUACCACCAAGUUACCGCUACGAAGUCUGAGAUUGCAGGUUACGGCUUCCUCUCGCACGACUACAUUCGCUGCUCAGAGACGGCGCUUCUUCUUCAAUUCCUUUUGGCGAUCACCUAAGCCGGCCGAGCAUGCUGAUUGGAGCCCCGCUACUCAUGGUCCCUUCCGGCCAACCAAACGCCAGGAACAGCUACAGCAAGAACAAGACUCGAGACUGUCAAAAGAGCAAGAAUCUCUCAUUCAGAAUGACCCGAGCAUCGGUCAACUCGACGGUGGCCCAGCAAAGAAGAUCGCUGUGAAUAUCGAUGGAGAUUCCAAGGUCUUCGACGCUGUAUUUCUCCGUGACAGCUGCACAUGUACACAAUGCAUGGACCCUGACAGCAAGAACAAGCGCUUCCAGACCUCAGAUAUUCCUGAACAUCUCGAGGGCAGCUGCAAGACAGUCGUUGACGAGGACAAGGGGACAUGUAUCGAGCUCUCGUGGAAGACAGAUGUCAAAGGCUUUGGUCCGGAGCAUCGCACACGGCACUCUAUCGACUGGCUACGGCGUGCGUUCAACACUGAAAUCGAGUUGCGUGGUGGAGUACGACACGAUGACAGAGUGUUCUGGGACAACAAAAGGAUCGUAAAAGACAACAAAUGGAUUGACUAUGACAGCUACAUGUCCCAAGACGAAACACUCUUCGAAGCACUCACUCACCUCAACAGAUACGGUCUUCUCUUCAUUAAAAACGUGCCAGAAUCCGAGGAAUCCGUAGUCUCACUUGCCUCCCGUGUCGGUACACUCAAAGACACAUUCUAUGGCCGUACAUGGGACGUUCGCUCAAAGCCCAAAGCCGAGAACAUAGCUUACACUCCCGAUUACCUCGGUCUCCACAUGGAUCUCCUCUAUACAUCCAACCCGCCUCACCUGCAAUUCCUGCACUUCCUCCGAGCCCGCACACCAGGCGGUGAAUCCUUCUUCUCCGACUCUUUCGCCGCAGCACACCAACUGCGCCAACAGUCCGAAGGCCACUUCAGAACCCUAUGUACCUUCCCCGUGACAUACCAUUACCACCACCCAACGUACCACUACCACUUCACACGACCGGUGAUUGAGACAUUCUCCUACCCCAACUACAGUGAUCCCACCAAUCUCGCCAUUCGCCGUAUAAAUUGGUCUCCACCUUUCCAGGCCCCAUUCGAGGCACGUAUCGGCAGCGGCAAUUCUACAUCGCUUCGCUCAUUCAUUGCUGCUUCGCAUGCAUACGAGAAACUACUCAGUGCUGAAGAGAAUCUGUACGAGUACAGGUUGAAUGAGGGUGAAUGUGUUAUCUUCGAUAACAGGAGGGUGUUGCAUGCUAGGAAGGCUUUCGAUGCUUCAAAGGGUGAGCGGUGGCUCAAGGGCGCGUAUGUUGAUGACGAUGUCUUCUUCAGCAAAUUGAGGGUGCUCGAGGAGAAGUUUGAGGGCAAAUGGGUCGCUGAGGGUGUAGUUCGACAUGCUGUAAAAUAGAGGACGGAAGUGUAUGUCGCAUACCAUGGAUAUGACUUGGCUUCAGAACUCGACUUUACCAUAUACAUAGGUAGCGGUCGAUAUCAGUGAGAACACCUGCUCUCAAUGUAAAUUUUCGG